AUGAGAUUUAUUGAUGCACUGAAGCUUUUUCUUCUGAUGUUGAAGUCAGGAACUCGUCCCAAUCAUUUCACGUUUUCAAGUGUGUUGGACGCAUGUGCUGGUUGUUCCUGUCUUUUGACGGGAAUGCAGGUGCACCUGUGUGUUAUCAAGUCUGGCAUACCAGAUGAUGUCAUCUCGUUGACCUCGCUUGUGGAUAUGUAUGCUAAAUGUGGAGAUACGGAUGCAGCAUUUCUUGUUUUCGAGUCCAUUCCGAAAAAGAAUCUGGUGUCAUGGAAUACAAUAAUUGGCGGCUUUGCUAGUAACGGGCUUGGUAACCGAGCACUAGAGGAGUUUGAUCGGAUGAAAAAAGUUGGUGUUAAACCAGAUGAAGUUACUUUUGUAAAUGUGUUGUCAGCGUGUGUGCAUGCCGGUCUUGUUGAAGAAGGUGAAAAGCACUUCCCUUCUAUGCUAUCCAAGUAUGGAAUCGAAGCAGAGAUGGAACACUAUACUUGCAUGGUGGACCUCUACGGAAGAGCAGGGCAAUUUGAUAAAGCAGUAAAGCUGAUCGAAAAUAUGCCAUUGGAGCCCGACGUGGUAUUGUGGGGUGCGCUGCUUGCAGCUUGUGGCCUGCAUUCAAAUUUAGUACUUGGAGAGUAUGCUGCAGAUAGGAUCCACAAACUGGAAAGCAAACAUCCUGUUUCUUACUCAAUUCUUUCAAAGAUCCAAGGUGAGAAAGGAAUAUGGAGCAGUGUAAAUGAACUUAGGGACUUGAUGAGCGUUAAACAAAUUAGAAAGCAGAAGGCAAUUAGUCGGGUUCUGUAA